CAGGUGCCGCGCUACGUCCGAGUCAACACCCUGAAAACGUGUGUGGAUGAUGUGAUCGACUUCUUCAAGCGCCAGGGCUACUCCUACCUGGGCAAGGCAGGCAGUGUGGAGGAACUGAGAGCCCUCUCUGGGAAGAAAUUCCUGUUGGAUCUUCACCUCCCGGAGCUGCUGGUUUUCCCUCCGCAGACGGACUUCCACGACAACCUGCUGUACACCUCAGGACACAUAAUCCUGCAGGAUAAGGCCAGCUGCCUCCCUGCCUUCCUCCUUGCCCCUGCUGCUGGCUCCCACGUCAUCGAUGCCUGCGCUGCCCCCGGGAACAAGACCAGUCACCUGGCUGCCAUCCUGAAGAACAAGGGCCAGAUCUUUGCCUUUGACGUGGACACCAAGCGCCUGGCCACCAUGAACACCAUGCUGAUGCGGGCUGGGGUCACCGGCCUCCAGCUGGCCCAGCAGGACUUCCUGACCGUGGAUCCCAGAGACCCCAAGUACAGCAAGGUGACCCACAUCCUCCUCGACCCAUCCU